UCACCCAUCCAAAUGAGAAGGGUGCUGUUUACAUAUUCUAAUAUGGACAGAGAUUUCUUCUGCCAUCAGAUGUCUUUCUGCUUGACUGAACUGCACCUGUGGUCUUUGAAGAAUACCUUACACAUUGGAGAUAGAGACAUAGGGAUCUAUCAGUAUUAUGAUAAGAAAGACCCACCAGUAUCAGUGACAGAGCAUGGUAACUUAGCAGAAAAGCAGAAACUGGCAGAAUCACGAGAUUAUCUGUGGACACUCAAAAAUAGACGCCCAGAGAAACUUCGAGACUCACUCAAGGAGUUGGAGGAAUUGAUGCAAAACAGUCACUGUGUGCUGAGCAAAUGGAAGAACAAAUAUGUCUGUCAGCUCCUCUUUGGUUCAGGUGUUCUGGUGUCCCUAAGCCUCUCUGGGCCACAGCUGGAAAAAGUGGUGAUUGACAGAAGCCUGGUGGGGAAGCUCAUCUCAGACUCCAUCAGUGAUGCUCUUCUCACAGACAAUUUCAUCAUCUUGUCAUUUUUGGCGCAAAACAAACUAUGUUUUAUUCAGUUUACCAAGAAGAUGGGGUCUCCUGAUACAAACAAAAGACUGGAAAAACUCUCAGCCUUGGAUUAUAAGAUUUCCUAUUAUGAGAUACCUGGCCCAGUAAACAGGACAACAGAGCGUCGUCUUGCUAUCAAUUGUGUUCAGGAUAUAGUUGCUUGCUGGUGUCCACUGGUCAGUGAUGAUGCUUGGCCUUGGGCUCCCAUUUCUCCUGAGAAGGACAGAGCCAAUCUGCUGCUCCUAGGUUAUGCUGAAGGAAGACUAGAGGUCCUGAGUUGUGUCCGCACAGAAUGGGAUCUACUGGAUGUUUGCUUUGGCACCAAACAGCCUUAUCAGGUGUUGACAGUGGAGAACUCCAUCAGUGUAGACAAAGAGCCCAUGGCUGACAGCUGCAUCUAUGAAUGCGUUCGGAACAAAAUCCAAUGUAUAUCAGUAACUAGAAUACCACUAAGAUCAAAGGCCAUUAGCUGCUGCAGGAAUAUUACUGAAGACAAACUAAUUCUGGGCUGUGAAGAUUCUUCAGUAAUUCUGUAUGAAACUCACCGUAGAGUAACUCUCUUAGCCCAGGCUGAACUUUUGCCUUCAUUAAUAAGUUGCCACCCAAGUGGUGCCAUUCUACUAGUUGGCAGCAACCAAGGGGAACUACAGAUUUUUGAUAUGGCUUUAUCCCCUAUUAACAUCCAGCUCUUGGCUGAAGACCGCUCACCCAGGGAGACUCUGCAGUUCAAUAAAUUCUUUGACAUUUCCAGCAGUCUUGUUCAAAUGCAGUGGAUAGCUCCUCAGGUGGUUUCUCAGAAGCCAGAACGUGGGGACAUUUAUGAUCUCCUCUUCCUCAGGUUUGACAGAGGACCUUUGGGUGCACUUUUGUUUAAACUUGGUGUCUUCACACGAGGACAGCUAGGCCUGACAGACAUCAUAUUCCAGUAUAUUCAUUGUGAUGAGAUCUGUGAGGCAAUAAACAUCCUGAGCAGUAUGGACUGGGACACUCUGGGCCACCAGUGCUUUAUCAGCAUGAGUGCCAUUGUAAACCAUCUUCUUAGACAAAAGCUCACUCCAGAGAGAGAAGCACAGCUUGAGGCAAGCCUUGGAACCUUUUAUGCUCCAACAAGACCACUCCUGGAUACAACUAUAUUGGAAUAUAGAGACGAAAUCAGCAAAUAUGCAAGAAGAUUCUUUCAUCACUUGCUCAGGUACCAGAGAUUUGAAAAGGCAUUUCUGUUAGCUGUUGACAUUGGUGCUCGCGACCUGUUUAUGGAUAUCCAUUACUUUGCACUAGAUAAGGGUGAAUUGGCACUAGCUGAAGUGGCAAGAAAAAGAGCUAGUGACAUUGAUGCAGAAUCAAUAACCUCUGGAGUUGAACUCCUGGGGCCUUUGGACAGAGGAGAUAUGCUAAAUGAAGCUUUUGUUGGCCUGUCUUUAGCUUCUCAAGGAGAAGUCACAUUUCCAGAUAACCUUCCUCCCUUUUGUUCAAUCCAGAAACAUAUUAUUCAACAAAGAACACUGAAUGUCUUCUCUAAUAGACAAGUACUUGACAGAAGAAAUGAACUUGAAAAAGACACCUGUGCCGAAUCUUUGAGGACUAAGACCUGUAAUGAAGAAGGAGAAAAGAAAGAAGACUGCAUAGAACAGGAAACCGGAGAUGGUGGUUCUCUCAGAAUGGUUCACUUUGGUUUGGUGUAAACAAUAAAAAAACUUUACUUUUACUUAAAAAAAACAACUUUAUUU